GACCGCCGACGAAUUUUUUGGUCACGAAAUUGCUGGGAAUAUUCAUAAAUAUAUAAAAUAGUGUGUGUUCAUAUGAAAACCUAAUCCUGAAGAAGGCUUCCAACAGGAUCUCCCACUGUUUAAACAGCCCUUGCAUUGAAUAUACCUAGGACAAAUAGUAGCCUAAAAUCCUCAAAUAGUAUUUUCAUUUUUGUUAUAUAGGUGAACAAAUGCCGUUAAACCCCGCACAUUCAGUAUGAGGGAGGUGCAUAGUAGAUAUUCUCGACUCUUCCCUCUCCAGGAUUUUGCAGAUACAGAUUUCUUUUCCUGUUGAAUUGAAAGUUGCAUAUAUUGAUAUGGCUCAACUUCAGUCUUUUUCUAUGUUUUCUUCGACCAAAUUGUCUCUCUCAAGUCCUGUAAAAGCUGGUGGUAGGCACACUCAAGAUUUGAAAUUUCUGCAUUUCAAUGCUUCUGCAGAUUAUUUUCACAUGAUGGAUGAGUUUGAGAUAGAUGAGCUAUUAGGUCUAAUACCACCUCCACCUCCACCUCCACACAAUCAGUUGAGACAGACAAUUAGGACGAAUAUUGAUGCUUUGAUUAGAGAUAUUCAUACUAUUAGGUGUGAGCCUCAUCCACCUCCUCAGUUGUUAUGCCUUGUAGAUAGUAUGCAAGGCAUUGUACAAUCUGUGUAGGUAUUAGAUAGCGAGCUAGAUAGCUAUCGCAGCUGGCAUGAGGGAUUGCAUACAUUUUACGCUGAUGGCCUCACAUACAAACAAGUUAAUGAAUUGAAAAUAACAAAAAUGGAUCUAAAAAAAUAUUUUGUGAACCCUAAGACGGGUGAAGAGAUAGAUCCGAAGAAGCCACGGAUCUCUAUUCGAUGAUGUAGGCACUCGGGCAUUGCUAGCCACUUUUGGGAGCGAUGGUGGAUGGUCUUUGACCAUCCACCACACUCCAAUCAUAAGGUCCUGAUGUAUUUUUUGAAGAAAUGACGGGCUGAAUUUGAAUUGGGAAAAAAACCCAAUUACUUUGAUAUUAGAUCAUUUCAGGGGGUUGGGAGAGGCAUGCCCCAGGAUAGGCCAGGAGCAAAAUUGAGCAUCAGGGUUAGAAACCGUGUGCGCAAUGAUCCAUUGGUUCCUCUUCCAUCACCAGUUGUUCCAGCACUUGCCCAUCAUCGAGUAGUGGAUUGUGCUCUAGGUUCAUUGAGUGCCCUGUCGGGCAAUUUGGUAUAAUAGUUGCGGGAGGUAAGGGCUGCCCCCAGCUUAGCACAUGUUUGCACGAGGUGUGGGGAUGUAUGUAGGGGUCCACAGAGUGAGGUUGUCCCUGGAGGAGAUGGUGAUUUUGAUGAUGUUGAUGCUGCCCAUGGUGGUUAUGAUGAUGUCAAGGAGGCUGCACAUGCUGAUGUCGUCUCUUCAUAUGUUGAUCUCCUGUGGGCAGACGAUGAUCAGCCUAUAGAGAGGAUGGAUCAUAUCACAUCAUUGAGGAACCGACAACAUGUUACUUCAAUACCUAGAGAUGUUGGUACCCCAUUUACGGGUGCUUCGUGUGCCAUUGAGGUGGGUAGUUCUUCACGUGACCCAUGGACCACUGAGGCUCAGCCGCAUAUACCACUAGCUUCUGGAUUGUUUGAUUGUGCAUCACAUGUACGCCUUCAACCAUCAGUUACUUUGUCUGCAUCACAUGUCAAUACCACUACCAGUAUUGGUAUGGCCAUGGGAUUGAGCCAGAUGCAACCAUCGACAUUAUCAUUUGAGGACUUGACUACGACCACUUUUCUUGUUCAUGAUAGUGGACCUCCAUGUACCAGUGAGGGCAUUGUACAGCACGGUCAUAUGGAGGGUGCAGACACUGAUAUUGCACAGGAGGGUGGAGACACUGAUACUGUACAGACACAGGAUGGUGCAUCUCAGGACCAUGUGCAACAGGAUGAUUCAUCUCAACCACCUUCACGUGGACUGAAGAGGACUGCAGAUGAGAUGCAUGCGAGUUCUUAGAUUGUAUAUUUUAGAUCAUGUAAAGUUAUUGUAUUGUGGACUUUUUAUGAUGACACUUGUUAUGUUAUCUUGGGACUUGUUAUUAUGUGA